CUCUUUCACGCUCACUGGGUGGCGGUGCUUUAGAGUGCCCCCUGCACCCCGGGGACCCCGUAGUUCCCCGGCUCCCUGCCCGCCGGACCCCGCGUCCGCAGCUGCCGGGAGCAGUGCGAGGCGAGCGGAGGCCCCGCGGCGGGCCCGGCCGUGGGCCCGCGCCUUUAGGCAGUAGGGGCAGCGCAGGACCCGGCGAGGGUGGCGCGUGGGGGCGACGGGCGCCUGGUCUGCAGACAAAGCGUGCCUGUCCCCUCCCCCACCCGGCGGGCUGGGAGAGCGGGGCCUCCGGGGAGGGCGGUGCAUUCCCUCGCAUCCGCGAGGCCUGGCGGUGCGCGCGGCCCGCGGGCUGCUGCGGGCGCCCCGUUACGCGGCCGCCGCUCGCGGGCCCGGCGUGGGCCUGAGGUGCAGUGCCCUGGAGCCCCCCGCGCCGCGGCCUUUGUUUCUCCCCGCGGAUGCGCUGACCACGAGGCCCGCGCUCCCGGGUGGGGGCGGGGGCCUGCGGCGUGGUUUCGCCCUCGAAGCGUCACGGCGCGGGGCCGCGGCCGCCGGGGGCUUUCCUCUCGCUUGUGGAGCGUCUGGGGGAAGGGGGAGGGUCCCUGAGCUGGGCUGCGGGAGAAUUUCGUGGUCGCUUCGUGUUAGGUGUUUGUGUCAUUGUACCCGGGCGUGAGCCGAGCGGUUUGUCCUUUAAAAAGCCGAACGUGGAGGGACGAGUGGGACUUGCAGCGGGGAGCGGGUGCCGGUGUGGCUCGGCGAGGUCUCCCUGGCCUCCGCCGGGUGGAAUACUGCUAGACUCAAGCAUGCGUCACUAAUGGGCGAGGCAGGCGCUCGGAUCCGCUGCUCCGAAAUGGUAAUAGCUCUUCAAGUCUGCAAUAAAAAAUGGCCUCCAAUAAAACUACAUUGCAAAAAAUGGGAAAGAAACAGAAUGGAAAGAGUAAAAAGGUCGAAGAGGCAGAGCCUGAAGAAUUUGUGGUGGAGAAAGUAUUGGACCGACGUGUAGUGAAUGGGAAGGUGGAGUAUUUCCUGAAGUGGAAGGGAUUUACAGAUGCUGACAAUACUUGGGAACCUGAAGAAAAUUUAGAUUGUCCAGAGUUAAUUGAAGCAUUUCUUAAUUCUCAAAAAGCUGGUAAAGAAAAAGAUGGUACAAAAAGAAAAUCUUUAUCUGACAGUGAAUCUGAUGAUAGCAAAUCAAAGAAGAAGAGAGAUGCUGCUGACAAACCAAGAGGCUUUGCCAGAGGUCUUGAUCCUGAACGAAUAAUUGGUGCCACAGACAGCAGUGGAGAAUUGAUGUUUCUCAUGAAAUGGAAAGAUUCAGAUGAGGCUGACUUGGUGCUGGCAAAAGAGGCAAAUAUGAAAUGUCCUCAGAUUGUGAUUGCUUUUUAUGAAGAGAGAUUAACUUGGCAUUCUUGUCCAGAAGAUGAAGCUCAGUAAUUGUUUGCAUUGUUUUUUUAUAUAUAUUUAUAUAUAUAUAUAAAAUCUGGGUCUUGGUUUUCGAUUUACUAGUGUGAAGAAAUAACUACAUUCUAAUGAAAAUCAAGUUUGAUACAUUGGUUUUGAAAGUAGUAUUGGGGGAGUUGUUGUGAAUUUUUUUAUUUUUAUUUUUUGCAUCGAUAGCACUGGUUACUUCUAACAGAUAAAAGCUUUCUGUAGUUGCUUCCUUUAUCAGAAAAGAACGUUUGCUUUUCUGAAUAUUGGGGAAAGUUGUCAUAGUCAGUUCUUCAAUCAGAACUUGAUUUUAACUGAUACUAAAGGACCAUUCUGGGUUGUUGUAUGUGUAUACUUUUAUAAAUGGUUUUCUUUUUUUGUUUUUGUUUUUAAAUUUUACCAAAAGAAAAACCAUGGGAAGACCCAUGUUUCUGAGGUUCCAUCAUUCUGAGCAACCUAAGAAAUAAGUCCCUUCAAGUUAAACUGAAGAUUUUCAUGAAGCCAUAACCUUUUAAAUUAAAUAGUUUGUAAGUCAUUUGGACAAGUUAAAUUAGAUAAUUUAAAAGAAGCCAUAUCAGAACCUGUAUCUAAAUCUAUAGUCAUAAAUGCAAUGGCUUAUAAAAACUUUAUUGGUACUAGUAGUCAUCCCUCCCGAGAUCAGAAAAUAGACAUCCUGGUGUGCUGUAAUAAACUAAAUAAGCAAGGUAAAUGGACAUUUGAAUAUUUGUUCUAGCGAGCCAUUACUUUACAAACGCCAAAAUCCCUAUGCUGUAUCUACUAAAAGGCCAUGAUUCAUGGAAUGACUAAGACUUGGCUCCUGAAAACCUGAUCAGAUUGUUAGACAUUGGCAUUUUAGGACCUGCUGGCAUAAGUGGGUAAACAAGUGGUUGUAAUCUAAAUUAUUGACCUGCAUGUUUUGUCUUUGUCCCGUCUCAUUCCUUACAUGUAGGCUCAAUCUUCGCGGUGUUUGGGUUACUGGUUCAGCAGAUGCCAGGAAAAAUAACUUUGUAGUAAUCAGAAUGUUAUCCAACUGUAUAUUGUUUACUUUAUUGUAAAUACUGGUGAACAGUGGUCAAUAAAUAGUUUUAUAUUCCUUUAUGUGA